AUGCCCGGAGGCGUGUGUGCCGUCCUCGACUAUGAGGUCGAUAUGAUGGCUGAGUACGUUGCGGAGAUGGCAACCCGUUUGGUUACCCCCGACGCUACUGUCUCAUCGCCCUUCCGCAAGUUUGUCACGCAGAUUCUCACAUCGACGAGACUGCCCAGCACGACUAUUCUUCUUGGCAUGAACUAUCUUGCUAAGCGAAUCAACGCCAUGAAAGGACAGGGAGGCACGUACAAGGCAUCAGAAGGCCAGGUUUGGCGCUAUCUCACGGUUUCCCUUCUUCUUGGAAGCAAGUUUCUCGAUGACAACACUUUCCAAAAUCGUUCUUGGUCCGAAGUCAGCGGUAUUUCCGUUGCCGAGCUCAAUUCCCUCGAGUACGACUGGGUGCAAGCCAUGCAUUGGCGCCUUUAUGUUAAUCUCGACCUUAGCAAGGACUAUCAAGCGUGGCUUGACAGCUGGCGUGAUUACCAGGAGAUGAAGAAGCGUCAAGCUGCCCAGGCUUCUCGUGAGAGACUCGCCUCUCAGGUCCCUGCCAUUGACACCGAGGUCGCACGCUACAACUCCCGUCAUUCGCCCAACUCACGCUACCUCCAAGCUCAAGCCGCCGAGUACGAGCGCUACCAGGCUCUCAAGGCUCAGCAGCACUACCAAAGCCGCGACCCCAUCUGGCAGAGCAACCCCUGGAGUGCCCCUCUCACACCCCCAGACUCGGGCUACGGCACUCCAGACUAUGGCAUGUCGGCUACUUCGAGCAACGCGCGCUACAACGAAUGGUUCGCAAAUGCUGCCAGCCAGUAUGCCAACCGAUACCCUCAGCCUGCCCCAGCUAGCCAGUACUAUGCGAGCCGUCAAGCACCCUAUUCCGCGUAUCCUUACCACCACAAUGGCUGGGAGCAUGGCAUUGGUGACUGCAGCUGCACUGGCUGCGCUGGAUCCAUGAAGCCCGCAUCCUACUUUGCAGCUCCUGGCUAUGGUCAACCCGUCAUGGGUUAA